AUGAGUAACCAAUCAUCUCCAAACAUUCUUCAUCAACAAGACAAUAAUAAACAUAGAACUCAUUCAUUAUCUGGUGCUCUUUCCAUCUCAUUAGGUCUUUCAUCAUCAUAUGGUAACACUAAAAAUCAUGAUAAUAAUCAAUACUUGGGAAGAAGUUUUGUAGGAAGUUUUAAUAAAAUAAGGCAACAACAACAAUUACAACCAAAUGAAUCUUCAAUUAUAAAUAAUAAUACUUUUUUACAUCAACAAACUGAAACUAUUGCAAAUGAUGAUGAUUUAUUUGCUAAUGUUGAUGAUUUAGAUGAACAAGUAUUUGAUGAUAGUCUUGUCGAUGAUUCUUUUGCAAGACCAAAUAAUAUAAAUAUUAAUGAAACUUCUUCAUUAAUUAAUCCUCAAAAUUCAAUCACUCCAUAUUAUUAUGAUUAUGACUUAGAAUCUCAAUCAAAACCACCUUCUGGUCCAAAUAAUAGAUCAAGUGGGAAACAUUCCCUUGAUGCAAAUAUAUCAAUUCAAGAUUUUAAACCAAUGAAAUUAAUUAGUUAUAUACCUGCAGUUAUCCUUGGUCUUUUAUUAAAUAUCUUGGAUGGUUUAUCAUAUGGUAUGAUUAUUUUCCCCAUUGGUGAAAAAGUCUUUAGUAACUUGGGAUCAGCAGGUCUUUCAAUGUUUUAUAUAUCAUGUAUUAUAUCACAAUUAGUUUAUUCAUUAGGUGGUUCUGCAUUUGGUGCUGGGAUUGGAAGUGAAAUGAUUGAAGUUACUCCAUUUUUCCAUGGAAUGGCCCUGAAUAUCAUGCAUGAAUUAGGUGAAGAUCAUCCCAUGGAAAUCAUUUCCACUACAAUUACAACAUAUGCUAUUAGUUCUAUUAUAACUGGAUUAAUUUUCCUUUCAUUGGGGAAAUUUAAAUUAGGUCAAAUUGUUGGGUUUUUCCCUCGUCAUAUUUUGAUUGGUUGUAUUGGUGGUGUUGGAUUUUUUCUUAUUAUAACUGGAAUUGAAAUUAGUUCAAGAUUAGGUUCAUUUGAAUAUUCUUUAGAAUAUUUAAAAUUAAUUUUCCAAUGGGGAAAUUUUAUUAAAAUUUUCAUACCAAUUUUAUUAACCGUUGUGCUUGUUCUCUUACAACAUUUUAAUCAUAAUUCAUUAAUAUUACCAUCUUUUUUCAUUUCAGUUUUCGUUAUAACACAUAUUUUAAUCAUUUUGAUUCCAUCAUGGGAUUUGAAAAGUUCAAGAGAAAAUGGUUAUAUGUUUUCAUCUGGUGGUUCUUCAUCCAAUUCAGAUCCAACUAAACAUGAAGCAUGGUGGGAAUUUUAUAAAUUAUAUAAUUUUAAAUUAGUUGAUUGGUUUAUCAUUUUAAAACAAAUUCCAUCAAUGCUUGCAUUAACAUUUUUUGGGAUCUUACAUGUUCCAAUUAAUGUUCCAGCUUUAGCAGUUUCUACAAAACAAGAUAAUAUUGAUGUUGAUCGUGAAUUAAUUGCUCAUGGAUUAUCAAAUUUAAUUAGUGGUUGUAUUGGUAGUAUUCAAAAUUAUUUAGUUUAUACAAAUAGUUUAUUAUUUAUUCGUGCUGGUGCUGAUUCAAGAGUUGCUGGUUUAUUAUUAGCUGGUGCAACUUUCUUAAUCUUAAUUGCAGGACCUGUUGUUAUUGGAUUUAUACCUGUUUGUGUUGUUGGAUCUUUAAUUUUCCUAUUAGGUUAUGAAUUAUUAAAAGAAUCAUUAUGGGAUACUAUAUCAAGAGUUUCAAGAGUUGAAUAUUUAACAAUUUUAAUCAUUGUAUUAACUAUGGGUGUUUAUGAUUUUGUUAUUGGUAUUAUAGUGGGGAUUAUAAUUGCAAGUUUCCAUUUCCUUUAUGAAAAUACCAAAAUCCCAAUUAUUUAUAAUCAAUUUACAGGAGAAGUUGCAAGAUCAACUGUUGUUAGACAUCCUUUACAAAAACAAUUUUUAAGACAAAUUGGUAAACAAAUUUAUGUUUUAAAAUUACAAAGUUUCUUGUUUUUUGGUACAAUUGGUAAAAUUGAAAAAACUGUUCGUGAAUUAUUUGAAAUUGAAAAUUUACAUCAAAAUCCAAUUAGAUAUUUAAUUUUAGAUUUUAAAAAUGUUUUAAAUAUUGAUUUUAGUGCAGCUGAAGGUUUAAAUAGAAUUAAAAAUUUUAUUAUUGAACAAAAUGCUUAUUUAAUCAUUUCAAUUGGUGAUAAAGAUAAAAUUUUAACUUCUUUGAAAAAUGUUGGAUUAUUUAAUCAUGAAGAAGAAUAUAUGAUUACAAAAUUACAAGUUUUCAAAGAUUUAAAUGCAUCAUUAGAAUGGUGUGAAAAUGAAUUUUUAACAAAAUUUAAACAAUAUCAAAAAUAUAAAAAAUUUGAAACAACAAAUGCAGAAACUAUUCAAAAUUCCAAAAAUAAUUCUUAUUUACAACCACCUAAAAAAUUAAAUGUUUUACCAAUUAAUACCCCAAGAAAUACAAAUUUUAUUAAAGAAGUUUCAAAAUUUAAUUUAAAUGAAUCAAAUAUUAUAGAAACUAAUCAAAAAUUACAUGGUGAUGAUGAUGAAACAUCAAAUCCAAUCUUAUUAUCAUCAAGUUCAAAUUUAAAAGAACCAAUUCCAUUAUUAACAUUUGCAUUACAAGGUGUUUCGGGUAAAGAAGAAUCAUUUUGGAAACCUUUAGAAGGUUUAUUUAAAAAAGAAGUUAUUAAUGUCGAUAAAGAAUUACAAAUUGAUCCAAAAGAAUCAUUUAUUAUACUUGUUGAAACUGGUAUAAUAACAGUUACAUAUCAUAUUAAUCAAAAUGCAAAUAUUUAUGAAACUUUAUUACCAAGAACUAUAAUUGGUAAAAUUAAAGAUGAAGUUGAAAGGAAAGAUAGAUAUAAAUCUGUUUUGAAAGCUAAAAAUCAAAGUAUUGUUUGGUUUUUAGAUAAUGAUACUUUAAAUGAUUUGAAAUGUAAUAAAUUGGAACUUUAUAAUGAAUUAUUAAUGGUCAUUGCAAAAGCUAAUGAUGAAAGAUUUGAAAAUAUUACAGGUUAUACACUAAUUUCAACAUAA